GGGCUCCGGGGCCGCACGGCCCCUCCCUGCCCGCACCGGCGAGGCCGCAGCGUCGCGGUGGGGGACGGGCCUGUGUGCCCACGUGCUAAGACCCGCUCUGCACGUCCCCCACCCCCCAGAGGAGUCCGGGUUUGGAAGUCUCAUCGGGAAGCGGCUGAGGAGUGGGUUAGGGACUCCAGGACGAAGCCAACACACACCACGGUCAACUGCUGGUUCUGCAGCCAGGACACGGUGGUGCCCUACGGGAACCGCAACUGCUGGGACUGCCCACACUGCGAGCAGUACAACGGCUUCCAGGAGAAUGGUGACUACAACAAGCCGAUCCCUGCCCAGUAUAUGGAGCACCUGAACCACGUGGUGAGCAGCGCACCCAACCCCGGUGCCCCCACACAGCCCCAGCAAUGGGUGAGCAGCCAGGUGCUACUGUGUAGGAGGUGCAGCCACCACCAGACCACCAAGAUCAAGCAGCUGGCCGCCUUCGCACCGCGUGAUGAGGGCAGGUACGACGAGGAGAUCGAGGUGUAUCGGCACCACCUGGAGCAGAUGUACAAGCUGUGCCGGCCGUGCCAGGCGGCCGUGGAGCACUACAUCAAGCACCAGAACCGCCAGCUGCGUGCCCUGCUGCUCAGCCACCAGUUCAGGCGCCGGGAGGCAGACCAGAGCCACACACAGAGCUUCUGCUCGUCCGCGGUGAAGGCCCCGGUCCAGGUCAUCAUGCUCCGUGCCCUUGCCUUCCUGGCCUGUGCCUUCCUGGUGGCCACCGCGCUGUAUGGCACCAGUGACCCCUUUACCCUUGGGGUCACCCUGCCCCCAGCUUUGCCACCUAGUGGCAAUGGUUCAGCCACUCCUGACAACGGCACUGCCACUGGGGCCGAGGGCUGGCGGCAGCUGCUGGACCUUCUGCCAGAGCACAUGACAGAGAAGCUGCGGGAGGCCUGGGCCUUCGGGCAGAGCCACCAGACGGGCAUCGUAGCACUGGGCCUUCUCACCUGCCUGCUGGCCAUGCUGCUGGCCGGCCGCAUCAGGCUCCGGAGGGUUGACGCCUUCUCCGCCUGCCUGUGGGCCCUGCUGCUGGCGCUGCACCUGGCCGAGCAGUACCUGCAGGCUGACUCACCCAGCUGGCUGGACACCCUCAAGUUCAGCACUAUGUCCCUGUGCUGCCUGGUGGGCUUCACGGCAGCUGUGGCCACGAGGAAGGCGACAGGUCCCCGGAGGUUCCGGCCCCGAAGGUACUUCCCAGGAGACUCUGCCAGCCUUUUCCCCACUUAUCCCAGCCUGGCCAUCCCCUGCUCCAGUGUCGCAGGCUCCUCACCAUCUCUGUUCAUCCCCACCCCACCUGGCUUCCUGCCACUCGCCAACCAGCAGCUGUUCCGGUCUCCCCGACGGGCCUCACCCUCCUCUCUGCCCGGCCGCCUCAGCCGGGCCCUCUCGCUGGGAACCAUACCCUCUCUGACCCGCGCAGACUCAGGGUAUCUGUUCAGUGGGAGCCGCCCACCGUCUCAGGUGUCUCGAUCCGGGGAGGUUCCUCUUUCAGAUCACUUCUCUCUGCGGGCCGGGAGCUGUCCGUCCUCCCCACUCCCUUCCCCCGCGCCCUCCGUGGCUGGCUCGGUGGCCUCCAGCUCUGGCUCUCUGCGCUACCGCAGGCCCCUCAUCAGCCCUGCCCGGCUCAACCUGAGGGGGCAGAAGCUGCUUCUCUUCCCGUCGCCCCCCGGGGAGGCCCCCAGCACCCCCAGCAGCUCAGAUGAACACUCGCCCCACAACAGCAGCCUCUUCCCCACCGAGCCACCCCAGGUCCCACAGAGGCAGCCGGUUCAGGACACGAAGCACACAGUGGACAUGAGGUCAGUGCCGGAGAGAGGCAGCGCCUGCAGCAGCCGCUCCAUCAAGAAAGAGGAUGACUCGUCCCAGUCGUCCACCUGUGUGGUGGACACCACCACCAGAGGGUGCUCAGAGGAUGCCACCGCCUGGAAAGGUUCUUUCGGCCCCUCCCUGGUCCGAGGCCUCCUGGCCGUGAGCUUGGCUGCCAAUGCCCUCUUCACCUCAGCCUACCUGUACCAGAGCCUGCGCUGACCCGCGGCCCUCAGCCUCCCGGCGCCCAGGUGCAUGCUGCUGCCACUGCCGGCCGCGGAGCCCUCCCGAGGGGCUCUGCCUCCCCCUCUUCUCCAGGGCCCUCGACCCACUGGACCGAGUCCUGCCCUCAGGACGCCUUGUCCCCUCACCUGACAGACUGCAGGGCCGAGUGUGGUCCGUGAGGCCGCACCCCUCUCCACCCAUCUCCUUGGCUCACAUCAGUUGUGUUUGGUGCUGUCCUGAAGCCAGGGAUCCCCAAGGGGCUGCACGACCCCAGGGCCCCCCCAUGGUCCGGCCCAGCAGCGACACCACUAUUGCUGUAAUGGCGGCGGGGGCCGCGUGCCUCCUGACCCCAAGCCGCGGGCUGUGACCACAUCUCAGUACUGUACACCCCUGUCCCACCGGCCGCCUGGGGCUCCCUGGGGGAGGCGGGGGGAGGCCCCCAUGUCACCUGUCCUCAGCCCUGCCCGAUGAGAAACAGGUCCCUUGGGCAGGCCCCUUGAGGGUGGGCACACUCCGCCCCCCUUACCCCUCCCGUUGGCUCCAGGCCCGGCCUGGCCGCUGGCUCUCCCAGGAGGGCCCUGGGGUUCUGGGGUCCCCAGCCCCGGGCUCCUCAGAAUCCCUGGGUCUCAGGAGCCCAGCUAGGGACUAGCAUAAGCACCUCCCCCGGGCUCCCUUCUGCCCGAGUGCACCCGUUGCAUUACCUCUGGCGAUCUUCCCCGGCGGCAGCCCAUUGCUCUGUGAAGGCUGCCCAGGGCCCCCCCGCGCCCCCAGGCCUGCGCUUCCGGGCCCCUCCACGUGCUGCGGGACUGCCCGGGGCAGCCCGUAGGUCACAGAUGAGGCCGGACCCCCGCCCCACUGUAGACCUGGCUCCCUUCAGCCGCUGAGACCCCACUUUCUUCCCUUUUAUUUGCUGUCACUAUGGGCUGAGUGUGACCUCAUCCUCAGGCCACCUUGGCUGGCUUUCCUGCCCUACUCCCCUUGGUCCCUGCCACCGCCCUUCUGACCCCUGCUGCAGGUCCACCCCACCCCCCCACCCUGGUGCUGGGGUCCUGUCCUGCCCUGGGAGGAGGAAGGAGGGACCUCAGUCUGGCACAGGGACCCUCACGAUGCUGUGAGGGAUGAGAGACUGCGUGUGCCUGUGGACAUCAGAACCCCCAGCCCCUGCUGCCCUGGGCCUCGGCCACAGGUGUGGGCAGCGCGUGUAUGUGUGCGGGUGCGUGUGUGUGUCAGUGCACGUGUUUGCGCCACUCGGGGAGGAAUUGGUUUCCUCGGUGAAUUUUGAGACUUCUUGGGGGGGAGGGGAGGGGAGGGUCAUGAGGGCAGGAGGAAGGGUCUUCACUCUGUCAUUCAGGGAUAAAGUUUAAUUUUAUUUUUCUACACAUUUUUGCCAGGUAAGGCAUUUUGCUGAUAAGCAGGAUGCCCCCAAUUCUCCCUGCCAGGGAGGUUUAGUUUUUUUAAGCUUUGGGUGCUUUUUUAGUGAUUGUUUUUACCAUGUGGGGAAGGAGAUUGCUCUGACUCUCCCCCUUCUCCUCUUCCCCCCACUUCUGUCCCGAGAGCUGCUGUUUCCUGCCCUGUCUCCCCCGAGAACAUGGGGACCCAGGGGGCCCGGGGCCACAUCAGGACCCUUAGUCCAACUGCCAGAGAUGGUUCCAACUCGGAGAUGGUGUCUCUUGGCCCCCAUUUGUAUAGUGGGCACGUGUGUCGACUUUUUAAUUUUAUUUUUUGCCUACAAAGCCAAACUCCGUUCUCAAACACAGUUCCUCUCUGGCUCUGAGGAAGCCCCGUACAGCCCACCCUUCUCCUCUCGGGGCCUGGGCGGUCUGCGCCGUCCUGCCCAGGCGCAGCCAACACCCCAGCAGAGGCAGGGGAGGGGCUUUCUUAUGUUUUCUUUGAAACAAAAAUCCAACCUUAUUUUUCUUUACAAAAGCAAAAAAGGAAACCAAAAAAGAUAGCAACCUUUGAACUAUA